AUGUCGAGUCUGAAAGUCGACGGUUUUGUCAAGCCCUUUCGGGGCAAGAGCAAUGAGAGCUGGCAACAGUUUUGGGCAAAGUUCCUCGUUCUUGCGGAGAUCCAGGGCUGGGAUGAUGAGGCUAAGCGCAUGAAGCAUUUCCCUCUGUUUCUUGCGGAUGACGCGUUCCUGGUAUUUCAGGGAAUGGCGGGUGCGGACCGAAAGAAGCAGGACGAGGUGGUCAAAUUGAUGCUAUCGUCCUUCAGUAUGACGAAGUCUGCUGCGUACGAGGCGUUUGUGGUGCGGAAAAUGAAGUGCGACGUGUCCACCGAUGCAUUUGUUGCAGAUCUGAAGCGCCUCGCGGAGUUAUCCGGUCACAAAGUGACAGACGACAAAGAUCCUGUGGUAGUGCAGCAGUUGUUGAAAGGCCUCCCUGCCGACUACAACCGGCAAGUACGGCUCAGUCUCGUGGGAAAGGACAUGUCGAUAAGCGACUGUGUGUCUAUUGUUCGAGCUCUGAGAAUUUCAGAUGCCAGCGGAGGUGACAGUGUGUCAGCUGCCGCCUCGUCGGGUGGUGCAGCGACCAGGAGUGGUCCUACCAGUACCAAGUCACACUCACAGGCUGGAUCUAGCGCGAAGCCCUCGGGCCUCUGUUUCAAGUGUGGCGAGCCUGGGCACAUCCGCAGGAAUUGUCCCAGCAGAAGAGCAGGCGGAGGUGGAAGGAGCCAGCCGAUUACCUGUUUGUUCUGCGACGGUGCUGGCCAUGUAAAGGCUGACUGCCCUGAGAGGAGAGAUUGGCUGGCAAGGAAGGACAGGACUACAGCUGCCGUGGAAAGUGCUCGCCCACAACCAGCUGAGCAGGAGAACGACCCAUGCCUAGUCUCCCUGGCCUCUCCUGGAAAGCUGCCUCGUAUGUACGUGGAUGUGUCUGCUGGAGCGGCGAAAUCGAGUGUUCGUGCGCGGGCUGUCGUAGACACCGGUUCAACUCGUACGCUCAUCUCGCGGUCCUUCGCCACUCAGCAUGGUAUCAGUCUUUCACCCACGGCUGCUCCACCCAUGCUUGCCUUGGAUGGUAGUCCCCUAGAGCUAGUGGGGUCAGCUGCCGUUCGGUUGGCCCGUUCUGACGGUGCGGUCUCUCUGCCCGGCCUGGAAGUGCAAGCGUAUGUGGUCGACAAUCUGAGCUUGGUCAACGCUGAUGUGCUCGUCGGCAAUGAUGUGGUCAUUGGCAGUGGCGGGCUUCGACUGAAGUACUCCGGUGAUGGUGCCUUGAUCGGCGUGGAAUUUGGCUACGACCGAGUCGAUCCAGGGGACAGCAUGGGAGUCUGUGGCGCGUCUUCGAGCGGCGAUUGCCACCCAUUUCCCAAUGUACGCGUGCAGCGUGAUGGUGAUGAUGUCACCCUGUCCACGGAUGACGGGGAUGUCACCUGGGACAGCAGCGCCCGUCGGUGGGUCCUCUCUUGGCGCUGGAAAUCAGGCAGUCCUCCGACUCAGCUGGUGGGACCUGGCGUGAGUGAGUACUCUCGCUCUAAGCUCACUUCUGACCAGGAGCAGCUGUUUGCAGAGGAGGUGCAGAAAUGGAUCGAUGCGGGUUGGCUCGUUCCUCACGACAAGGAUGUUCACGGAAGCCCUGGUGCUGUGUUACCGCUGAUUGCUCAGUUGCAGGAGCACAAAGCAUCAACGCCGGUUAGACCAUGUUUAGAUUAUCGGCUCCUCAACCAGCUGCUGACGUCGCAGCCUGGCCGCUCAGCACCCGUCUGUGAGGAGACGCUGCGCAAAUGGCGACUGGCUGGUGACCCUCAGGAGUUUCAACUACUCAAUAUCAAGAAGGCCUAUCUCCAGGUGCACGUUGCACCCGAGCUGCAACGUUUUCAGAUGGUGGUCUGGCAAGGCCAAGCGUUUGUGAUGACGCGGAUGGGCUUCGGCCUCAACGUAGCGCCCAAGUUCAUGGAUAUCAUCGUCCGGUGGGUCACUAGAGAGUUUCCUGCUGUCGACAACUACGUCGACGACCUGAUGACUCCCGCUGCCGAGGCUGGUGUGGUCGCCUGA